AUGUCCGACUUUUUCAUUGCUCUCAUACUUUGGAUCCACUUUUCAUCGUCACUACAAUUGGUCAUUUUCACAAAGACAGAACCUGCCUACCGUUUCAAUGAAAGCAACCUGCCUGUCGAAACUAAUUUUUAUGGAAAUUUUUACGGCUAUGAUCAAUCUGGAAAACCAUUAAUGAGAACAUUUUACAAAUUUGAAGAGACUAUAGUGGAUGACUCCCAAAGGCUGUAUGUUGCCAAUGACGACUGCUAUUUUGAAGUUGUGGCACCUGAAGAUAUGCUAAUGCAUUGUCAAUUUCGGCUGUAUCGUGUAAAAGAAAAGACAGUGUCAAUUGUUCAUCAACCGAUUGAAAAAUUCACUUUUGACCAUGUCCAGCGUUUGAUUUAUGUUUUACGAGGCGGAGAUGUUAUCCGACUCUCACACAAUUCUUCAAAGGCAAUGUGGAAAGUGAAUAAUGUACGAGAUUUUAAUGUUGUGGAUGGAAUCUUGACUGUACUCCAUGAAAACGGAAUUAUUGCAACAGAAAACGCCACAUUGGCCAGUGUGGACCCUCGAAAUUUCAAGCGACUACCAAUUUUUGCAGCUCCAGAUUACAUUUACAAACCAGAGAAAAUUGAAGUUACAAUUGGCACCGAUUCAGAAACUGAUCAGUUUUUUAUAUACAUCAUUAUUGUUAUUGCAGUUUCCAUUAUUGUCUUUGUCUGUGAAACAUUGUCCUGGCAAAUCAAAAAACGUAGAAAAUUGUAUCGCACAGAGGCCACGAGUCGAUUAAUAGUAUAA